AACUAUCCAAACACAGACGACGGGACGUUCAUUCGCAGCCUGGAAAAAACAGAAAUGAUGUUGAGUUCCCGCCCAGAGUGUGAGGGAAUGUUAAGGAAAGGCGCAUUCAGAGUUUAGGAUCACUAACACGCAGGUGAAAUGUUUUCAAAAACAACCUGACAGCACUUCGUUUUAAGUUCAAAAACUUGGAUAUAGUUUAAAAGGGAAUGUAAAGGGCUUCGAUUUGGGAAAAGGUGGAGAAACGUCAAGGAUAAAUCAUUUCACAAGCCUGGUCGUACUACAUGUUGGAAGUUUUGCCUCUACUAAAGUUUAAAGGGUUUAAAGUUGUUUGGAAUUAUUAUGUAGUAACCCAAGAUGUGCAUCCCGCAGGACAAAUAAUCGGUCCUCCAUGAGUCAUAAUGUGUGAAGCCUUGUCCAACUUCACUGGAAGCUGCUAAUCGACGCCAUCUGCUGUUCAAAAGCGGUCUUGGAGAGUGUGUGGAAAAUGGAUGACGAGCUUGAACCUGGAAUGAAUGAUGUUAUAGUUAGCCACUACAACCACUCAGGCAAGUGGGGAAGACCAAAAAGCACUGGUAUGUGUAAGACGGCCUUCCUGAUGUGCAUCUGUGCUCUGAUCGUGAUUGAGAACAUUACUGUCCUUCUGGCACUAUGGCGCAACAAGCGCUUCCACAGCCGCAUGUACUUUCUCAUUGGCAAUCUGGCACUUUCUGACUUGUUAGCUGGAGUGGCAUAUGUGGUCAACAUCUUCACUUCCGGACGUAAUACUUUUUUCCUCAGCCCUGGCCAGUGGCUGCUUCGAGAGGGAAGCAUGUUUGUAGCACUUAGCGCUUCGACUUUUAGCUUGCUCGCUAUUGGGAUUGAGCGCCACAUGACGAUGGUUCGUUUGCGGCCCUGUGAGAGCGCAGGAAGGGGAAGGUUACUAGCUCUCCUGGGAGCCUGCUGGGCAGUUUCAGUUCUUUUGAGUGCCUUGCCAAGCCUCGGUUGGAACUGUUUGGACCGAGUCCACACCUGCUCCACUGUCCUACCACUGUAUGAUAAAAGCUACAUAGCCUUCUGCAUCAGUGUCUUCACAGCCCUCCUAGCAGCAAUUGUGGUCCUCUACGUGCGCAUCUACCAACUUGUGACAUCUAGUGGGCGAAGAGUAAGUUCUCGUCCAUCAGAUCGGUCGCUCGCUCUUCUGCGCACAGUAGUGAUAGUACUAGGGGUUUUUGUGGCAUGUUGGGCUCCGCUUUUUUCCCUACUGCUGCUUGAUGUGGGAUGCAGUCCAGAGCAGUGCCCGAUUCUCUACAAGGUGGACUGGUUCAUCGCUCUGGCUGUGCUCAACUCUGCUCUCAACCCACUGAUCUACACGUUUUCCAGCAGAGAAAUGCGAACUGCUUUCCUCCGUGUGCUGUGCUGUUGUCAAACCUCACUGGACUCUAUGCCCACAGUGGCAGGGACGGCACUUCCGGGAAUAGUUAUACAUACCGCAGAGAACAGCAAAGCUAGCAUGGCUGGAGCAGGUAGUGGUGCGGCCAAGUCAUCAUUAAUGCAAAGUAAAGUUCCCACUCCGUCAAACUCCCACCAUCAGGAUCCUUCACAAACAGCUGUCCCACACCCCUCAGGCCCAGGUAACCUGCUGUCUGCGGUGCUGGUUAAAGCUGGGGCUCUUCCCGCUUUGGGGAAGUUCUGAACUACGACACUACAGGAAUCAGCACAAAAGAGCAGGGAUUUAGUUAUUUCCCAAGACGUUUGGCGAUGGCUCCUGUGUAAUCGUGUACUAGUCUACAGUUCCUUCAGGAUUA